AUGACACUCUGCGGGACCUUCCUGGAAAAUGAGUUCCGGGGUGAGCUUCUGAGUCAGAGGUGGACACACGGAGACAAGGCUGACAACUGUAGGACCCCAAGACUCUUCCUGGGCGGACGCGGCAAGAUGAGCUUAGAAAAUGAUGAAAAGAGAGCUCGUACAAGAUCCAAGGCCCUCCGAGCUCCCCUGGAGCCCACAGGAGCUGACCUCAGCUGUCCCACCCCCGGAUGCACGGGCUCGGGGCAUAUCCGUGGCAAGUACUCCAGGCACCGAAGUUUGCAGAGCUGCCCUUUGGCCAAGAAGAGGAAGCUAGAGGGCCCUGAGGCCGAGCACCUGGGGUCCAAGCGGAAGGCACCCCCGCUGAAGCUGGCUCUGGACGAGGGCUACGGCGUGGACAGUGACGGCAGCGAGGAUGCUGAGGUGAAGGACGCCUCUGUUUCUGAUGAAUCGGAAGGAACUGUGGAGGAGGACGAGGCCGAGGCGUCGGGACAGGAGGAGAUUCAUCGCCCCGAGCCAGCUGAAGGAAGGAGCCCAAUAAAAGCGCAUUUUGGAUCCAAUCCCAUCAGCAGCCCCUCAGGCUCCUCCAAGGGCAGCUAUAGCAGCUAUCAGGAAAUCAUCGCAACUUCUCUCCUAAAUUUGGGCCAAAUCGCUGAAGAGACCCUGGUUGGCGGAGACUCAGGCCAGGUGGCCACGCCAGGCCUAGUUCAGGAGGCUGAGGAAGAAGCCACCAGUGACGAGGGGGAGAAGGAGGACUUUAUCCAGCCGGAGGACGUGGAGGAGGUGAUUGAAGUCACCAGCGAGCACUCCCAGGAGCCGUGUCCCCAGUCUCUGGAGAGUGUGGCCAGUGAGGCAUCCUGCAAACAGAAAGUGACCCUGGGCAACGAGGAGGAAGAGGAGGAGGAGGAGGAAGAUGAGGAGGAGGAAGAAGAUGACGAGGAGGACGAGGAAGACGAGGAGGAGGCCCCGCCCGAUGUAAUCUGCCAGGAGGAUGCCCCCCACAUCCCUGCCCCAAAGAGCCCUCAGCCCCGGGGCCCGGUGCCUCCCAGCCCCAAGCCCGGGUACUCCGUCCUGGUGGAGGUGCGGUCCGAUGACGGCAAAGACGAGGACUCGCGCUCCCAGAAGUCUGCGGUCACAGACGAGUCGGAGAUGUACGACAUGAUGACCCGUGGCAAUCUGGGCCUCCUGGAGCAGGCCAUUGCCCUGAAGGCAGAGCAGGUGCGGGCUGUCUGUGAGCCGGGAUGCCCACCUGCUGAGCAAGGCCCACUGGGCCCGGGCGAGCCAGGGAAGGCAGCGAGGCCCCUGGACGCUGCCCGGAAGAACUACUGCAGCAAAGAUCCCUCAAGAACUGAAAAGCGUGAGAUCAAGUGUCCGACACCAGGCUGUGAUGGCACCGGCCAUGUCACUGGGCUGUACCCACACCACCGCAGCCUGUCUGGCUGCCCCCACAAGGACAGGAUCCCCCCGGAGAUCCUGGCCAUGCACGAGAACGUGCUCAAGUGCCCCACUCCUGGCUGCACAGGCCAGGGCCACGUGAACAGCAACCGUAACACACACAGAAGUUUGUCUGGGUGUCCCAUUGCUGCUGCCGAAAAAUUAGCCAAAUCUCAUGAGAAGCAACAGCCACAGCCGGGAGAGCCUUCCAAGAAUAGCUCCAAUUCGGAUCGGAUCCUCAGGCCCAUGUGCUUCGUGAAGCAGCUUGAGGUCCCUCCAUACGGAAGCUACCGGCCCAGCGUGGCCCCCACCACACCCAGGGCCAACCUGGCCAAGGAGCUGGAGAAGUUCUCCAAGGUCACCUUUGACUACGCAAGUUUUGAUGCUCAGGUUUUUGGUAAGCGCAUGCUUGCCCCAAAGAUUCAGACCAGCGAAACCUCACCGAAAGCCUUUAAAUCCAAACCUUUCCCAAAGGCCUCUCCCCCCAGGCCCAGCCCCUGCACCUCAUCCUCUUCUGCAGGCUUCGACUACGCCCACGACGCAGAGGCUGCACACAUGGCCGCCACUGCCAUCCUGAACCUCUCCACGCGCUGCUGGGAGAUGCCUGAGAACCUCAGCACGAAGCCACAGGACCUGCCCAGCAAGGCCGUGGAAAUUGAGGUGGAUGAGAACGGAACUCUGGACUUGAGCAUGCACAAGCACCGCAGGCGGGAGAACACUUUCCCCAGCGGGAGCAGCAGCAGCAGCAGCCCUGGCGUGAAGUCACCUGAUGCCUGCCAGCGCCAGAGCAGUACCAGCGCCCCCAGCAGCUCCCUGACCUCACCCCCGUCCAGCCAUGCUUCCCGCCAGGAUGAGUGGGACCGGCCUCUGGACUACACUAAGCCCAGCCGCCCACGAGAGGAGGAGCCUGAGGAGUCAGAGCCAGCAGCCCAUUCUUUUGCUUCUUCUGAAGCAGAUGACCAGGAAGUGUCGGAGGAGAAUUUUGAGGAGCGGAAGUACCCCGGGGAGGUCACCCUGGCCAACUUUAAGCUGAAGUUUCUCUCCAAGGACAUAAAGAAGGAGCUGCUCACCUGCCCUACCCCUGGUUGUGACGGCAGUGGCCACAUCACUGGGAACUAUGCCUCCCACCGCAGCCUCUCUGGUUGCCCUCUUGCUGACAAGAGCCUCAGAAACCUCAUGGCUGCCCAUUCUGCUGACCUCAAGUGCCCCACGCCCGGCUGCGAUGGCUCAGGCCACAUAACGGGGAACUACGCGUCGCACCGGAGCUUGUCAGGCUGCCCUCGUGCCAAGAAAAGCGGAGCCAAGGCCACACCUGCAAAGGACGACAAGGAAGACCCCGAGCUGAUGAAGUGCCCAGUUCCAGGCUGUGUGGGGCUUGGUCACAUCAGUGGCAAAUAUGCCUCUCACAGAAGCGCGUCCGGCUGCCCGCUGGCAGCUCGGAGGCAGAAGGAGGGUUCCCUCAAUGGCUCGUCUUUUUCCUGGAAGUCCCUGAAGAAUGAGGGGCCCGCCUGCCCCACCCCGGGCUGCGACGGCUCCGGUCACGCCAAUGGGAGCUUCCUCACCCACCGCAGCUUGUCUGGCUGUCCCAGAGCGACCUUUGCAGGAAAGAAGGGAAAGCUCUCAGGGGAUGAGGUUCUUGGCACGAAAUUCAAGACGAGUGAUGUGCUGGACAACGAUGAGGAGAUCAAGCAGCUGAACCAGGAGAUUCGAGACCUGAACGAGUCCAACUCUGAGAUGGAGGCCGCCAUGCUGCAGCUGCAGUCCCAGAUCUCGUCCAUGGAGAAAAGCCUGAAGAAUAUCGAGGAGGAGAACAAGCUCAUCGAGGAGCAGAACGAAGCCCUGUUUCUGGAGCUGUCGGGCCUGAGCCAGGCCCUCAUCCAAAGUCUUGCCAACAUCCGCCUUCCGCACAUGGAGCCGAUAUGUGAGCAGAAUUUUGACGCCUAUGUCAGCACCCUCACCGACAUGUACUCCAACCAGGAGUGCUACCAGAACCCCGAGAACAAGGACCUCCUCGAGAGCAUCAAGCAGGCCGUGAGGGGCAUCCAGGUCUAG